AUGGCCGCGAGCUUAAGCAAUUCGUUUUGCGUUUUCGGAGGCAGUAUGCUUUCGCCAUUGUUGCGGACGCUGCCAUCAUCCAGUAGAGCUCACGUGUGCAACCUUGUUGCUAGAGGAUGGACUGGCUCGAUUUUUACAUGCUUCGAGAGGUUUCAGGGUUUGACUCGAUCGCCGGAAGGUGCACUCCAGUAUUAUCAGUCUUUCCUUGUCGGACAGAAGAGUAGCAGCUCUAAGUCCUUUCUAAGUUGUAGAUUUGCAGAGAUGAUUACAGACGCUAUUGAGGAGACACUAGAGAGCUCACCCAUCGUUUUUAUGAACAAGACAAAUAAACUGGCUCGUCGGAAGAAGCGUAAGCGCAUGGGUGAGCGCGUCAGUCUGCGAUACCGAUGAACUCUUUUGAGUUAGCCGAAACACGCUACUUACCACUACAAGUGGGGUCAACAGGGCAUCAUAAUUUGUUGGAAAUAUUACCCAGUCGUGCUAAUAUCUUCUCGGACUUUUUUAGACUGAGGAAUAUCUUCGAGAUGAAACUUUGCUCAGUACUGUUUAAGUGUCGCAUUCAGGUCAAGAGACCUUCAAAAGAUGAUGUGACUGGGAAAGACAAGAUGCUCCUGGAACCCUUGGCGCUUUUGCCGAGGAACUCCAUAAUGAAUUCGAAACAACUACAAUUAGUGUGAAAAUUAUUCGGAUGAGCAGCAAGUCUGCGGUCGUUUGACG